GGCGCUCGGCUGGCGCUGCCUCGGGCCGGCGGGAGGCGGAGCGAGCCCAAAAUGGCGGCUCUCAGGCGGGCGCGCUCGGCGCUGCCGCGGCUCUGAGGGGUCGCCGGGGCCGCGGCGCCGAGGGCGCGUCUCCCCGCGGGGGCCCGGAGGAUGCGGCGGCGGCUGUGCUGAGGCGAGCGGCGGGCCCGGCGCGGCGGCGGGCGGCGGGAUGUGCGAGAGCUACUCGCGCUCGCUGCUGAGGGUCUCGGUGGCGCAGAUCUGCCAGGCGCUGGGCUGGGACUCGGUGCAGCUCAGCGCCUGCCACCUCCUCACCGACGUGCUGCAGCGCUACCUGCAGCAGCUGGGCCGCGGCUGCCACCGCUACUCCGAGCUCUAUGGCCGGACUGACCCGAUUCUGGAUGAUGUCAGUGAAGCAUUCCAGCUGAUGGGGGUCAGUCUCCACGAACUCGAGGACUACAUUCACAACCUCGAGCCUGUCACCUUCCCGCACCAGAUCCCCUCGUUCCCCGUCAGCAAGAACAACGUGCUGCAGUUCCCUCCGCCCGGAAGCAAGGAUGCUGAGGAGAGGAAGGAGUACAUCCCUGAGUACCUGCCACCCAUCGUAUCUUCCCAGGAAGAAGAAGAAGAGGAGCAGGUGCCCACUGAUGGGGGCACAUCGGCAGAGCCUAUGCAGGUUCCCCUGGAAGAAGAUGAGGACUUGGAGGAGGAGGAGGUUAUUAAUGAUGAGAAUUUCUUGGGUAAAAGACCACUGGACAGUCCUGAAGCGGAAGAAAUGCCUGCUGUGAAGCGGCCACGCCUUCUGAGCACCAAAGGGGACCCCGCCUUAGAUUUGGUCUUGGUGGAAGCACGGGAGCCCCUCAGCUCCAUCAAUGCCCAGAAGAUCCCCCCAAUGCUUUCCCCCGUGCAUGUGCAAGACAGUGCAGACCUCGCCCCGCCGUCGCCCGAGCCGCCCAUGUUGGCACCUGUGGCAAAGUCACAGAUACCAACCGCGAAGCCACUGGACUCAAAGGCCUUUACUCCGAAAGCAAAGACUAAAACGGGCUCUCCGGGGCAGAAGACGAAGUCGCCCAAAACUACCCAGUCACCAGCAGUGGUCGGAAGUCCAAUUCGGUCACCCAAGCCUGUGCCCAAAGAGAAGAAGUCCCCUGGGCGUUCCAAGAGCCCCAAAAGUCCCAAGAGCCCCAAGGUUGUGUCUCACCCGCCUCCAGCACCCGUCCGGCCCGACACCCCCAACAGGACUCCCGUGGCCCCAGUGAGCGACAGGGUGAGCAAGGAGACCAGUGUGCAGGUCAGACAGACGCCCGCCGUGCCCGAUGCAGGCAGGCCCAACAGUGAGAACCAGCCACGCAAGGCGCUGGUGGCCGAUAAGACCAUCGAUGACUCCAUCGACGCUGUCAUUGCCCGCGCAUGCGCUGAGCGCGAGCCCGACCCUUUUGAGUUUUCCUCGGGCUCGGAGUCAGAGGGAGACAUCUUCACCAGCCCGAAGAGGAUUUCCGGGCCGGAGUGCACCACCCCCAAGGGCCCCCCGCCCUCCAACAACUUUGCCCGGUCCGGGCCCACCCAGCUGCCCCUCUCAGGGGGCACCUCCAGCUCUGACAACUCAUGGACUAUGGACGCCUCCAUCGACGAGGUGGUCCGCAAGGCCAAGCUGGGCACCCCGCCCGCGCUGCCCCCCAGCUUCCCCUACCUCUCCUCCCCCUCCGUGUCCCCCCCGACUCCCGAGCCACUUCCCAAGGUGUACGAGGAGAAGGCCAAGCUGCCCCCGUCGGCGGAAGUGAAAAAGAAGCUGAAGAAGGAACUGAAGACAAAGAUGAAGAAGAAGGAGAAGCAGCGGGAGAAGGAGAGGGACAGGGACAGAAGCAAGGACAAGAGCAAGGAGCGGGAGCGCCUGAAGGAGCGGGAGCGGGAGCCCGGCAAGGAGAGCAGGUGCCCCUGGAAGGAGCUCCUCAAGGAGGACGACGCCGACCCCUACCGCUUCCGGCUCAAAGAAUUCGAAGAGGGGGACGCCAAGGGGAGGUUGAAAGACGGCCUCGUGAGGAAGGAGCGCGAGAAGCACAAGGAGAAGAAGAGAGAUCGCGAGAGGGGCAAGAAGGAGAAGGAGAAGCGAGACAAGGAGAAAGGGCGAGACCGCGGCCGGGAGGAGAGGCUGCGCCUGGCAGCCGGGCCACUGGCACUGCCUCCCAAGGACGUGGCCCUGGCCCUGGCGGGCCCCCCCGGCCCUGGCCGGGUCCCGGCCCUGUUCCCCUCGCUCUCGCCCAUGCUCCCUGAAAAACUGUUCGAGGAGAAGGAGAAACCAAAGGAGAAAGAAAGGAAAAAGGACAGAAAAGAGAAGAAGAAGAAGAAAGAGAAGGAGAAGGAGAAGCGAGAGAAGGAGCGGGAGAAGGAGAAGCGCGAGCGCGAGAGGCGCGAGCGGGAGAAGGAGAAGCACCGGCACGAGAAGAUCAAAGUGGAGCCGGUUGCCCCCGCCCCGAGCCCUGUCAUCCCCAGACUGACUCUCCGCGUCGGAGCCGGCCAGGACAAGAUCGUCAUCAGCAAAGUGGUCCCCGCGCCCGAGGCUAAGGCCGCGCCCGCCCUGAACAGGCCCAAGACGCCCCCACCGGCUCCCGCGCCCACGCCCGCCCCGCUGCCCCUGCCCCUCCUGGCCCCGGCCGCCUCUCCCGCCCUGCUGCCCGCGCCGGCCCCCACUGUCUCAGGAGCUGCCCGAGCCCCAGUCCGGAGCGUGGUCACCGAGACGGUCAGCACCUACGUGAUCCGAGAUGAGUGGGGGAACCAGAUCUGGAUCUGCCCUGGGUGUAACAAGCCCGACGACGGGAGCCCCAUGAUCGGCUGUGACGACUGUGACGACUGGUACCACUGGCCCUGUGUCGGGAUCACGGCGGCGCCCCCAGAGGAAAUGCAGUGGUUCUGCCCCAAGUGUGCCAACAAGAAGAAGGACAAAAAGCACAAGAAGAGGAAGCACCGAGCUCACUGACGGCCGUGGCCUCCGCCGUUCUCUGCCGAGCGCCCCUGGGACGCUGGGGCAAGCGUUGUAAUAAGACCCCAACCCGCCCGCCCAGGGCCCUCACUCCCCAGGGCCUAGUCAGGACGGUGCGAGAGGGCCUGGGAGCUGCCGGGACUGGGAUUCAAGGAUGAGCUCGCUAGUCUGAGACGGUGUCCAGCCUCUCCUCCCUGGGAGGGAGGUGGCGACGGAGCAGAAAGCUCCAGCUGAGGGUCGGUGAAUAUUUUUGUGAUGAAAAUAUAUGAAACUCCCCCCCCCCCCAGUCCCCCUUUUUAGUACUAACCUGUAAAAUGUUCAGGCUUUUGUGAGAUACCUUCUAUUUUUUAAGAAAAGGGUUUCUAUCAUGUCCCGUGUGCUUCUCUGCAGAUCAUUUUGUUGGCCCUACAUGUUUCCCGUCUGUUGCAUUCUGGCUCUGCCCCUCUGGCUGCUGGGGGCUCCCGUUCAGACAUUUCAUUGACAUGUAUAAAAUCUUCCAACUAGGCUCAUCCUCCCUAUGUAAAUAAUAAAUAUUUAUGAAAUAGCUAUUUUUAAAUUUUUUAUCGUGUUUAAUUCUGGCAGUCUCUGAAAUCCACGGUGAUUUCGGCCACAUCUGUAAUUACUACUGUAACAAGAGCAAAGAGGCCAGAAAACAAGGCAGAGUGGAGAGCAGGGGCCUGGCCAGGGCCGGCCUGCCCGUCACUGACCUCGGGGGACAGGGCCCAGCAGUUGGAAGGAGAACAGGCAGUUCAAUCCCAGAGUUUAUGAUUUGAAGUUGUUUUUGUUACCUGUUUGUUUCUGUAAAUUUCUUUGACUUUCUUCUUGUUCAAAGGACAUGUAGAUUCCCCAAAAGUAAGAACAAAAAAAAAAAAUAUGCUGUAGCAUUUUGUGUUUAUAUUGUUUUAUUUCUGCAAAUCUGUUGUUCAUUGAUAUUGUGGUUUAAGGCUGAAAUGAAGUAUAUUAUGAAUUUUUUUAAGAAAACUCAUCAAAUUUCAGGGUAUCACAAACUUUAUUAUAUUACUAUACUGCCCACUAUUUAUUAAUAUGUUAUAGAUGUCUGAGAGAUAAACCAAAUAUUUUAUUUUUAAUGUAAAACGUCAAAUUUAAUUUUAUUAGCAUAUUUUAGCAACUUUGGAAUAAAUAUGGACUUUUACUUGAUUCUGAAAUAACCCCAGUUUGGGCCUGUGUAAUAGAUAAUCUUAAAUACCAGAAUAUGGGCUUCGACCCUCAUACACAUAUAUUAAUAGAAAUUGUGAUUUUUUAAUGCCAAGUAAAUUGAUAUUAGUAUAUGAAUUAGUCCUAUUUUAAAACAUAUUAUGUGGUUAGAGAAAUGAGGUUUUCUGCCUUGAAUGUCAAAUUGCCGAUCGAGGGCCAGGCGGCCUUCCCCAUGUGGGUUUCCUCAGCGCCCUCCUGCUUCUAGAAGCCAAAAGUUUUCUAUCCCCACAAAGAAACAAAGUGUCUGUGUUGAGAUACUGUGGUUUGUUUUCUUCGUUCGAGAUCAUUCUAAAUACUUUAUACAUUAUUUCCACAUGCACAGGUAUGCCCGUCAGUGCUUUUUGGAGAGGAAUGCAGGUGGGGGAAGGUGUGAAAUAAAGAUCAUUGGCUAUGUC